AUGGCAAAUGAUGCCGAUGACAUAGCAUCAGCCGUUAUGGAAGAGUUCCGGAAACUUCCAGCCAAGCGCAAGCCAGCUGUCCGUGACAAUGGCCUCCGAGAAUGGGUGCCCCUGAGCGGCAUCGUCGUGAAAGGUACCUUUGAUGUUCAUCCUGCCAGGUUCGGUAAGAUACCGGAAGCUGACUUGUACUCUUGA